CAAGGUUUUCAGCAGCCAGAAGCUGCAUGCAAAAAUGUAGCCUACAUCCCAGAAAGGGUAUUCAGUGAUCCUCUUAUUGCUAUUGUGGUCUGUUAAAGGCAUGUCCUGGGGAUGUUAAGUGCUGUUUCUGUGGAGACCCAAUCAUAAAAUUUAUUGAGCAUAGUGUUAAGGAUGGAAAUACUGCUCCACAGCUUUUGUAAUUUAAAGCUAAAUCUGUAUACAAUCUGUUUCAAAACCACUGUUGACUUGGGAUUAUAUUAUUAUAUAUUGUAUUAGCAGCAGGUAGGACCUUUAAGAUAGUGUUGAAUAAAUUACACUGAUCACCCUUCUGUUGUAUGGUUUUGUUUAAAAUUUGCCCCAACCAAACGAAUCAAACUGAUUGGAACUCAAACUAAACGGCAUUCCAACUAAACGGCAUUCCAUUUCAAAUAUUGAUGUAGCACGUCUAUGGUAUUUUAAUAGGAUUCACUGGUAACUACGCAGAGUGGAGUACAAUUAAGGCAAGGCAAGUAACUUAAAUCGGCCGAGUGCAUAAUGUUACGACUACUUAUAAUUACAAACAGCCUGAAAUAUACUCCAUUCAGUCGAGUUCUCAUUACUUAUAUGCUUAUGGGAAGGUGUAGCCAAUGAUGUGUAAUGAGCUUUCACCACUUCUUGCUGUGUCCUCUUGAUAAAUGUGAUGGUGAAAGGCGUUUCAGAACUUAGGGAAACUUUUGAAGUUCCUUUACAUAUUCCUUUACUCUUCUUCAUUAGGAAUUCUCGGACUGAGUCGCUGCAGAGCUCGGAUAACUAG